UAAAUUUUAUGGUCUAAUGAGAUGUUUUACAAGGUUAAUUAUGGAGACCAAAUAUGUUUAACAUGGCCUAAUUAGUCUACAUGCCAAUUUUCAUGACACUCGGACAAAGUGAACAGUAACUUCAAAUAUAAAAAUUUGCAGGUGGGGGGGAAAAGGAAAAAGAGCCAAAAUUUUAUAGUGCAGUCCAGUUCAUUUCCAAUUAAUUCAAUGAUGGUUCUUUAUGCAUGAAAUUUACUUGUCUUUUUGCUUUUCUGUUUCUUUCUGAAUAGAUUUGCGUGGCCACAUUUGCGUAGGGUUGGGAACGAUUAAAUCAACUUGAUUUAAAUCAUGAUUUAAAUCGUGAUUUAAAUCGACUUAAUUAAAUCAAUUAAAUCAAAAUAUGACGCCAUAGUCAAUCGCAUGCCGCGAAUUCCACACGCUGCCUCAAAUUGCAAUCCGCCUGAAUAUGCGGCGCUUCAAAGAAGGCAAUUCAAUUGUUUCCCGCCUGUGAAAUGACUAAUUCAGCCUAAUUUAAGUUCAUAGUAAAUUGUUUCCCGCCUGAUUUAAUUGAUUUAAGUUCAUUUCAUUUCAUUUCCAUUUCAUUUCAUUUCAUUUCAGACAUUCAUGAGUGAACUGAUAACCCAGAUCAAGCUAGUCCACGGGAGCGCGCUGGACCGUAGCAGUACGGGCGUAUUCUACGUCACUGCCGGUCAGCGCGUCUCUCUGCCGACACGAAAAGUAAAUCAAAAGCCCUUCGAAAUGUCAAAUUGCUGUCUGCUAAUUGAACCAUCAACGAGUUCGAGCAAAAAGUCAAACGAUAUCUCCGUCCUCUUGGAGUGGUACUGGUCGUCCAACAAUACGCACAUCCACACGCGCAACUACACGGAUGUUGCAACUCUUUACAUCCCCAAUCAAAAGGACGAGACCACUGCCCCCCACACUCAAAGACUGUUCAAUGGGCGGACGUUUGCGGCAAGUGUGGAAGGAGGCGACUCCUUUCACUACUGGGCAAACUCAGAAUGCUGGAAGGGACGAGUCCUCAAAGCCGAUGACGAAGUCGAACCAGACGCGCAACCUUCAGUUCAACCUUCAGCCGCAACCUUCGCGCAACCUUCAGACGAACCUCGCGCAACUUCAGUCGAACCAAACCUCGCGCAACUUCCAGUCGAACCUCGCGCAACUUCCAGCCGAACUUCCAUCGUCGAACCCAACCUACAGCCAGCCAGGACCCGAAACUUGGGUGUACAGACUGAUGGACUGACAGAAAUGGAGGACCUGCGAAGUCAGCUGCAGGACUUGGAGGACUUGCGUAGAGCUGGAGAACAGGAGUUGGAGGACUUGCGUAGAGAACUGGCCGCUGAACGCAAGACAUCCGACCAAUUGCGUUUGCAAUUGAGUUUGCAGGGCCGCAAAAGGCAAAUUGACGAGGUGGAAACAGCAGCAGCAGCCUCUCAUCAUCAACUUCCAUCAUCAUCAACUUCCACUCUCUCAGCAACACAACAAUCAGAACAGCAACAGAACAAGCAGCAGGCACGGAAACUGGCAACGGACCUUAAAAAAAUUUCUAAACCAUCACAUAUCACCCUCGACUUUGUGAACGACCUCGCUGAUUGUGUCGACGGCUUCAGCGUAGGCGCCAUCUGUCUCGUCGCGCAGGAAGUGGGAACACUGUCCUAUUGGUACAGUUUCUUCGCUGAUGCCCGUGCAUAUGAAAGGGCGAACAGAAAAAAGCCAUCGUGGCGGCUGCAAUUGCAAUUUUCCGCCGAGUCUUUCCGCCUAGUCUUCUGCGAGCUGGAUGAGCGGGUGACCAACGACAACAGCACCUGGCGUCAUGUGGUUGAUGCCGAGCUCACCGAACUCCGAAAUUCUUUUGGAAAAAUCAAAGAAUACACCGAAUCAAUGCACGCAGAUGCUCUCCUCCGCGAACUAUACGUCAAAUUUGUGCAUUGGUUCAUAAAAAACCUCCUUUAA